AUGCUCCUGGUCAUGAUCCUGGUACUCCUGCUUUUCCUGCUCCUGGUCCUCCUGGUCCUCCUGGUCCUCCUGGUCCUCCUGGUCCUCCUGGUCCUCCUGGUCCUCCUGGUCCUCCUGGUCCUCCUGGUCCUCCUGGUCCUCCUGGUCCUCCUGGUCCUCCUGGUCCUCCUGGUCCUCCUCCUCUCCUUCACCUCACUCAGCGCCGGCAUCUUGGCAUUUUACGAUGGUCGAGCGAUGACUUCGGUUCAUAUUACAGCGAGGGUCUGGUUGAAGGUUUCAAACCUGAAAUGGGUGGGAGGGAUAGUCGAGCAAGUGCACGAGAGGGAGCUUGUGAUCGCCACUGAAGAUGGAAAGCGAGUCACUGUACCCAGAGGAAGUGAUAAAGUGUCACAGAGGACACCGCAAGGGAUGGAAACAGUGGAUAAUUUGACUCUUCUGCCAGACCUAGACGAACCCAACAUGCUGCAUAGCUUGAUGCAACGUUAUCUACAGAAUAAGAUCUACACUCGAACAGGGCCGAUCCUGGUGGCAAUGAAUCCGUGGCAAGAAAUCAAAAUCUACAGUCCAGAGAUUCUGCAUUCGUACCGUAAGCAUCAAAUCGAUAAUACAUCCCCACACGUUUUUGCAAUCAGUGAAUCGGCUUUCAUGAACUUACAAACAACGAGGAAGGACCAAACAAUUCUUGUGAGUGGAGACAGUGGAUCAGGAAAGACGGAAAGCACAAAGUUCAUGAUGCAGUACUUGGCAGCGGUCGCCCAUCACACUGCUACGACAGCAAACACUGAGCAACAAGUUUUGCAGUGCAACCCAGUGCUCGAAGCAUUCGGUAAUGCCAAAACAUUGAGGAAUGAUAACUCCUCUCGAUUCGGAAAAUACAUCGACAUUUCCUUUGAUGAUAGAUUUGCACUAAUUGGUGCCAAGAUUGACACCUAUCUCCUGGAGAAGUCUCGCGUGGUGGGACAAGAAGAAGGAGAAAGAAAUUUUCAUAUUUUCUAUCAACUUUGUACGCAAGCUGGUCAAAACAUCCCCCUCACACAGGCACUUGGACUGAGGUCCGCGGAACACUUCUCGUACAUUCGGAAGGGAUGCAAAGUUUCAGUAGGAUACAGGCCUGCUACAUCCUUUCAAAAUACGCUGGCUGCUUUGGAAGCGAUCGGCAUUGCAGCUGCAGAGCGAGACUCAAUUUUCAACGUGCUGGCUGCUGUGUUGCAUCUUGGCAACAUGACGAUAGGAGCAGACAAGGAGGGAGGAGCCGUUGUGAGUGCAGAUGACUACGAGUCUAAGAUUUGCGCCAAAUUGUUGGGAUGCGACACGGAAAAGUUGGUGGCAGCGCUGGUUGUGCGGCACAUCCAGGCUGGUCCAACAGUAGGCGGCGACUUCUAUCGUGUCUCUCAGAGCCAGCAGCAGGCUGUUGACGCACGUGAUGCACUAGCUAGAGCCUUGUAUGGGAACUUGUUUGACAUGCUGGUCGGGACGAAGACAAAGACGAUUUCGAUCUUGGACAUCUUUGGUUUUGAGCAUUUCAAGACGAAUCACUUCGAACAAUUUUGCAUCAAUUACGCAAACGAAAAGCUGCAGGGGCACUUCAAUGAAUUUAACUUUUCUUUGGAAAUUCAAGAAUAUCAAAAAGAGGAUAUCCAAUGGAGCUAUGAAGACUUCUACUUUCAGACAAACACGAAAUGCAUAGAAAUGAUAGAAGCGAAGAGGACGGGGAUGCUGGCUCUGCUAGACGAACAAUGCUUAAUGCCAAACGGCAACGACGAGACUUAUUGCACGAAGCUGAAGAGUGAAAUUCAAGACAACCCUUACAUUUACACCGCAAAGAUGAAGGGAACGCAGUUUACUCUAAAGCACUACGCAGCUGAGGUAGUUUACGACGCUCAAGGCUUCUGCUUCAAGAACAAAGACCCGGUACAGCCCUCUAUGCUGGAGUUGCUCUCAACCUCCCACAAUGAGUACAUUCGACAAAUCUUUCAAGAUCAUCUAAGCAAGAUGGAGCAGAACACCAAGAAAGGACCCAAAGGGCAGUCAUCGCUCUUCUUCGAGAGUGUCACGUCAAAGUUCAAACGCCAGCUCACCGAUUUGAUGAUGAGGAUCAAUGCCGCUCAACCUCAUUUCGUCCGUUGCAUCAAUCCCAACUCGCAGAAGGAGCCUGGAAAGCUUGAGCCGGAGAUGAUCUUGGAUCAGUUGCGAUGCUCAGGCCUCAUGGAAGCUGUCAGAGUCUCUCGCGCUGGUUUCCCUGUGCGCGUGCUGCACCAGGACUUCACCUCCAGGUUCUCCAUCCUCGUGCAGCCACCUCCGGGUGACUUGAGGGUCGCCGCGACUCACAUGUGUCGGUCGCUGAGAAUGCCCGACGAGCACUACAGGGUCGGCAAGACUAAGAUCUUCAUGCGCCGAGAGAUAUACGACAAGCUUGAGGAGGAGAGGAGUAGACUGCUUGUUGGGCAGGUGAAGAUCCUGCAGCGGGUGGUCAGAGGUCACCUCGCCCGCAUCGUGGUCAAGAAGAUUCGAUUGCUUCGCAAGGCGUCGUGUGUCACAAUCCAGCGGUUUAUCCGCAUGAGACUGGCAAAGCAAGUUUACCUGGAGUUGCUCGAGCGGAGAAGGCGAAUGCAAGAAGCUGAAGCAAGAGCCAAAGCUCAAGCGCUUCCCUCGCCUUCUUCACUAGACUCAAACGUCCAGCAGCAUGCUGAGAACUUUCAUGGCGGUGCCAUGUCGGACAACUCUCCUUCCUUACCGGGUCGUAGCCCUCGAAGCCCCACCAGGGUUGGAUACCUCUCGCGGUCCCCUCAGAUGGACAUGCAGGCGAGGAUCAUAGAGGAGCUCGAGGUGCAGCUGACGUCUGUGCGAGAGCUCUACUACAACGAACGCGCAAGUCAGCUGGCGCUCUCUAACCUCGUGAGAGAAGUUCAUAUGCUCAAGGACCCCGAGGAAAUCGUGAAGCGCAUUAAGGCGUUGGAGGACAAGAUACAAUCGCAACGGCAGGAGCUUGCUUCCACUGCACCGAUUGGUCAAAACAGAUUCGAAGACGAAGGUCUCGGCAGGAGGACAGACUCGCUGACAGCGUGCCUGGCUCUACUGGAAGACAAACUUCACCUGCUGUUGCAGGUGCAGCAACACAACCAGGGCCAACAUAGGAUGGACUACUCUCGCAUCCGCUCGGAGAUUGAACGCGAGUAUCAAGCAGAAGUUGCCAUGCGGUUCAAGGCGGCGAGCGACAUGCAGAUGCGACUGGAGAAGUGCCAAGAGGAGCUGAGGAGGCGUGACGAGGAAAUUCUGGACCUGAACGGGAAGCUGAUUCAAGUGCGACAGACCCUGUCACAGAGGGACACAGAGAUCACGCAGCUGCUGAAUCGAGCAGAUCAACAACUGAUGGACCGACUGCGAGCGAGAGACUUGGAGGUCGAGAACCUGGAGGCGAUCAAGAACAAGAUGAUGACUGACCGAGCUGUCCUCGAGUCCAUCAUCAGAAACGAACGCAAGCAGCGGGAGGAAGAGUUCAACGACAUGGACGCCAACAUUCGCGCGCGAGAUGACAGGAUCAAGGAGCUGAGUGAGCGCCUGGACGAGCAGCUGCAUCGAUGUGAAGCGAUAGAGAAGAACCUGACGGCUGAGAUGAGCAGAAGACUGUCGAGCAAGGACAUGGAGAUUCAGUCCAAGAGCAGCAAAGUCGACGAGCUCACGUCCAAACUCUCAAUGCUGCAGGCUCAGAUCUCUUCCAAUGGGGCGAGCGCGUCUGGUCAAGGCAACGAAGCUCUACAGAGAGGGUACGUGGAGUUGAAGCAGCAGAACCAUCGGCUGCUGCAGGAGAACGCGAUCCUUGAGAGCAGGUUGAGCAACUUGGCGAGGACCGCUGGGUCAGAGCUGGUGAGGCGAGGUGUGGAUCACGAGCGACUCGACGUCAUGGCGAGGAUGAUCAACGACGUAGCAGAGGCUCAUGACGCGUCUGUGGUGCGGGAGAGAACCCUCAAGGUUUUGGAGCAUCAGCUGCGAGACAUCAACGAGCAGCACAAGAGAGUGAUGGACUCAGGUGACUCCGGCUGGGAGCAGCAGAUCGUCGCUCAGCGUCGCUUCAUGGAGGCUGUUCGCAAUGUCAUCGGCCGCCUCGGCCCGUCAGCUUCUCUCAUACGCGAGACGCCGAGCGACUUUCAGUUUCUCGCCAUGAAUCACGUGCAACAAGCUCCUGGGCCUUGGAAGAUGUGA